AAAAAGUGUUCUUUUCUUCUUUUUUGCUUGGUCUUCGCUUUUAUGGCCAAUGCGGCCUCAAAAACGCCAUUGACGUAAUGGCGAGAUGAAAAUUAGAUCGAGCUCGUCAUGAUCACCACCAACUCUGCGGCACGAGACAAGCAUGUCAUCCUUCGACCAUUAGGGCAUAUGCUAAGCUCUGCUAAGCAACCCGGCGCGCAUGGGUUCCGAACGAAAAGUGCUGAUUCAUUGCUUGUCAGCGCCGAGGGGUGGAAUCCAGAGGAUCACCCGAAUUCGCUUAGUGUCAGUGGGGGCUUCGAGGUUACAGUAGCCAGGCAGAUCGCAGGAGACACACGUCGACUUUUAUCGCAAGCUUGGCAGUCUCAUGACUACAGAAUGUCUGACUGGGUCGUCAAUUACUUUUUCCGCCGACUUUCGGGGGUACCUGGACGGGCCAACGGCCUUCCCGAUCUUGAGUCCCUUCCGGUUCCGAGUGGAACUGCGGACAUAGAGAGCCUCGGACACCCUCCAAAGACCCAAUGACGGGUAAGGUGUCUUAAAGUCGAGAAUCUAAAUUCUAGUAGGUGUACCUCGCGAAGUAGACAUAAUCACGAAAACCGCGGGUUCAGAAGGCUGAAUAAACCACGAAGAAAUGCGUGACUCGCGACGGAGUGGAAAGACGCGGAGGGAUAUUGAACCCAUAUUACGGGAGGGGAAAUGGAGCCUGGAGAUGGA